UGAUAAAACAAUACAGGUGAGGUCACGGAUACGGCAUCACAGCUGGACAGUACGAGCAGAGGACUGUUGGCCGUCUGCUGUCACGUCCUGAAAACAAGUCUUAUAUUAAGUUUUGAUUUCCUCGAAUAUAAAAAGGGAACUAACGCCGUGUCGCGGAUAAAAGAGAUUUAAGAGGAACGACAGCAUGUUCACUUGGGUAAAUAAGGAACAGGGUGGUAGGAACAAAGAGGGCGACAUGUUUCAGACGGUGACAGAAGGACUUCAAAGUCUUUAUACUAAGAAACUGUUGCCUUUAGAGGAAACGUAUCUUUUCCAUGAGUUUCACUCACCGGCGCUGGAGGAGGCGGACUUCCAGAGCAAACCCAUGGUGCUGCUGGUCGGACAGUAUUCCACGGGGAAAACCACCUUUAUAAGAUAUCUUCUAGAGCAGGAUUUUCCAGGGAUGCGAAUCGGCCCUGAACCAACAACAGAUGGAUUCAUUGCUGUGAUGUAUAAUGAGAACGAGGGGGUUGUACCCGGCAACGCCUUGGUUGUCGACCCCAAGAAACCUUUCCGCAAGCUCAAUGCAUUUGGAAACGCUUUCUUAAACAGGUUCAUCUGCUCACAGAUGCCUAACCAGGUUCUACAGAGCAUUAGCAUCAUCGACACCCCAGGAAUACUUUCUGGAGAGAAGCAGCGCAUAAGCAGAGGCUAUGAUUUCUCUGAGGUUCUGCGUUGGUUUGGAGAGCGGGUGGACCGCAUCAUCCUCCUCUUUGAUGCACACAAACUGGACAUAUCUGACGAGUUUUCUGAAGCGAUCAAAGCUUUCCGCGGACAGGAUGACAAAAUCCGCGUGGUGCUGAACAAGGCCGAUCAGGUGGACACUCAGCAGCUGAUGCGGGUUUACGGUGCGCUGAUGUGGUCACUGGGAAAGGUGAUCAAUACCCCAGAGGUGGUAAGAGUCUAUCUGGGAUCUUUUUGGGCCAAACCUCUCCAAAACCCAGAAAACCGUCGCCUGUUUGAAGCUGAAACACAAGAUCUCUUCAGGGACAUCCAAAGUCUGCCUCGUAAAGCUGCGCUGCGUAAACUGAAUGACCUCAUCAAAAGAGCUCGCCUUGCUAAGGUGCAUGCUUACAUCAUCAGUUACUUGAAAAAGGAAAUGCCCUCUUUGUUUGGAAAGGAGAAGAAGAAAGAGGAACUGAUCGCCCACCUGCCCGAGAUCUAUCAGCUGCUGCAGAGGGAGCAUCACAUCUCACCUGGAGAUUUCCCUAACGUCAGUAAAAUGCAGGAACAACUUCUACACUAUGACUUCAGCAAAUUCCCUUCCUUAAAAGUGAAGUUGAUUGAAUCUGUGGACAGGAUGCUGUCCACCAAGAUCUCAGGUCUGAUGAACAUGAUCCGAGAGGAGGAAAGCAAACGGCCAUCUCAAAUGGUAAUGGGCGGAGCUUUCGAGGACUCCAGCGAGGGGCCAUUCGGCCACGGCUACGGGGAGGGUAUCAGCGCAGGGGCCGACACUGAAGAUUGGAUCGUGAGUCGCGAUAAGCAUCGCUACGAUGAAAUCUUCUACACCUUGAUGCCUAUUAAUGGUAAGGUGACGGGUAUCAAUGCCAAGAAGGAGAUGAUGAAUUCUCGCCUACCCAACACUGUACUGGGAAAGAUCUGGAAGCUGGCAGACUGUGAUAAGGACGGUAUGCUGGAUGAUGAAGAAUUUUCAUUGGCUCAGCAUCUUAUUAAGAUCAAACUGGAAGGAUUUGAGCUCCCCACAGUGCUACCAAGUCACCUAGUGCCUCCGUCGCACAGGAAGAACACCACUGCAGAUAUUUUAUACAACCACCAGGAGGAUUGAAUGCUUUAUCAACUUCUGUCCAUUUAUAAAGGUGCCUUAUUAAUCUGAAUAUCUAUCAUUCAGAUGCUAAAACAAAGGGGCCGUGAAAUCAGAAAGAAAAAAUAGAAAUAAAAACUGUUUUGAAAGGGAUGAAGUUUUAUUGGUUACGCCAUGUUUUAAGGUCUAAAUUAAGCCUUAUCACACAAGGAAAUAUGCCAAAGCUGAAUGAGUAGGUUUAAAUGUAUUGCUGCAGAACUAAAUACAUAAUGUUUAAUAUGUUUGCAAUCUCCGUGUUAGGGAAUAACCCUGAUCAACUUGCAUAAUGACACAUAAAGUAUGCAUAAAAGCAAUCAUCAAACAUAUGAUAUAUCUACUGUAUACAUGAAACACCAUCAUAGUGGUCACUGACAGAAUGAGCAUCUAUCCCAGUCAUUCUGAAACAAUAUACCUGUACAUGCCCAGGAAUGUUACUUGGGUAAUUAAUUCGUUUUGCAGCACAAUAUUAUAUUUUCCAUCUAAAUCUGGAUUCAAGGUUUUCCUUUUGUUUAAACUGGAAAACAAUUAUUGCAUCAUAAUCCUGAAUUGGCAGCAUUAAACCCAUUUGUGGACAUUUUGUAAUGCAGGGAACAGUAUUUAGUUUUCAUGAUGCAAUUAAAGCUGUUCUCACAAGUCAUAUUGAUAAUGUUCUGGGUGUUUUAUGUUCUGAAUUUACUUUACUGACUUAAUAAAAUGUAGAUGUUUACUUGCCAUUAUAUGGUGACAUGGAUUAAAGAAAAACUUUUCCCAUGUUAUUUUCAAUGUCUGUAUAAUAUUUUUGUCUGACACUGAAGUCAAUUAUUUUUUGUUUAUAUUAGCAUACAUUUAGGGAAAUUUCAGUAAAAAAACAUUUCAGUAUUAAAGAGAGACAUUAGUCACCCAGUAACACAAUUUUCUCCCACCGGUGUUUUUUGAUAUGGAGCUUGUUUCAGAGAUCAAAGCGUUUUCUUUUCCAUAAAAUAUUUUUCUUUAAAACAAUUUUACAGUAUGUAUGUUUGGAUUAAAUAUUUUAACAAACAUUACUGAAAGUAACGGACAUGUUUGCCUUUGAGAACAUAACAUUUAAGGACUUGUUGCAUUGUGAAGUGAUGAAAAAAAUGGUUAUAUGAUGAAAUCAGUUUUCAUUAUAACUCCAUUACGUUGUAAAUACAACAAUUGUGUAUGUCAGUCACAGUUACACUAUAUUCAUAUAUUUUAACUACUAUUGAUUAUUGAUAGAUUAUUGUGAGAGGUGGACUAUAUUAACUGGACUGUGCACCUGUUUGACAUGAGGUCAGUUCUGUUGGUGCUGUCCUCAACACGAAUGAUUUGUGUUUUUGUGCAAGAAACUAGUGACAUUAGGAUUAGGCUACUGUAAAACUACAUAUGGCACUUCUCCUACAUAUGUUUGACGUUAGACUUUGCAGCUAAGGUGUUUUCAACAUAUGGUUUAAUGAGCCUUUAGAAUGUGUGGUAAUGUAUCUUUCAGCCACAUGUUAAUGUGUAAUCAUUGUAAAAAGAUGACAAUUUUAUAUACCCUUUUAUAUGGAAAAAGGGAAUGUAAUAAAUAGCAUUUUAAAUGGAAAUGAUUUGUUUCUAAAACUUUCAUAUUUUGAUAUUGGCACAAAAAGCAGACAAAGUUGAAUUGUAUGUGCACUUAUUGAGUGAGGAUUAUUUCAGUUUAUUUAACCAUAUAAAUCAAUUAAAAUUCCAUCCCCGUGACAUGACAAAACCUGGAUGCGACUGUUGAGAGGUGUGUUCUGCUGAACUGCAUAAAAUAGUGAAUAUAACCGCGACCUUUACCCCUCAAGUAACAGAACAUCAUUACCCACAACAGCUUCAAAGUUCAGUUCACUUCUCAACACUGAUCAGUCUCAAAGAGGAUUUUUUCGGAUUACUCUCCAAUCAUGAAUUUUUUCCAAUGAUGAACGUCUGUGGCAAAUCUUGUGAAGGGUGAGUGAAUUGAAUGUUUGCACUUAAUGUGCACAGUAAUGAAGUGUUUUUUAAAUGCUUAACUAAUAAA